CGACGCUGCUCUCAGCUGCACGUUUUUUUCCCUCUUCGUUUCUUCCUCUUUUCUGCGCGACCGGGAGAAAGUGCGGCGUCCUUGAAAUUCUAAGUUGAAAGAGAGGGAGAGAGUUGCUUGACGGCGAAAUAAAUCUCGCUUUGAGUAGCCUACAAGGACCACUAACAAGGAGGUGAAUGGACCUCCACCGCCCCUUCAAGAUGGACAGCUCCUCCUACCUGCCAGCUCCACUGGCCUCCCCCGCCCUGAUGGUCCUCGCCUCCACUGCCGAAUCCGGCCGAGACGCCUCCGUCCCCUGCCAGGCGCCCAGGCCCUUCGGUGUCCCCGCUUCCAUGGAGAAAGACCUCCACCUCCCUUUCCCCUCGGCUUCCUACACCUUCACCUCCAUGUACCAGCGCCAGGGCCCCAUUUCAGGCAACUUCCCCUCCCGAGACUUCCCAGCCUCCCUGCUCCACCUGCACCCCCAGUUCACCCCACCAAACCUGGACUGCUCCACCCUGAGCAUGCUCAACCACAGUGGCGUGGGCGCCUUCCGACCUUUCUCUUCACCGCAAGAGGAGAGGGAGUCGGGGGUUUACCAGUCGGCUUUCACCCCUGCAAAGAGGCUGAAAAGCUGCUUCCCGGAGGUGGAGGGGAAGGAGUUUGACUUCUGCUCCCCGGGAGGCUCCCUCAAAGCCGGGGACGAUUCAAGCAGGAAGCUCUUCUCCAUGUCCGGCCUGCUGUCUGAUGGAGAGGCUUCAUCGAGUCCGGAGGAGCGCAAAGAGCACAGUAAAGUGAAGGGUCUCUAUGACACUCAGGCCCCAGCGUGUCCAGUCUGCCAGGCUAUUCUGCGACCAGGAGAGCUGCAAGAACACAUGGAGCAGGAGUUGACCAAACUGGCCCAGAUACAAAUCAGUGGCACUCCAGUGCAGCACGACCACCUCAUAAGGACACCAAAGUCUCUCUCGCUCUCUCUUCAUAUCAAGCGCGAAGGAGGUUCUCCCACCUCGCCCCCUCGACCGUCUGAGGACACCCACUCUGACCGUUACCAAACGUUUCUCCGUGUGCGGGCGAACAGACACACAAGACUAAAUGUCGAUGACCUCUGCUGGUGCAGGUGCUACGUCAAAUCUGCCACAUUACGCCCCCACAGCGCAGGAGCCCACCUAGACUGCACACAAGCUGUCAGGAUCGGAAAGCUGAAGAGGAGGAAACCAGAAGAGGGACAGGAGAGUUCAGUGGACUUGGUGCCAUUGGAAGACGAGUGGAAUGAGAGGAGAAGGAUACAGAUGGCGUCUAUAGUCGGAGGAUUUAAAGGUGCAGUGCUGGUGAGCACAACAUCUAAAGAGUGUCGAGACAGCGAUGCAGACCUGGAUGUGGAUGGAGAUGACACUCUGGAGUACGGCAGAGCGCAAUACACAGAAACAGAUGUAAUCCCCUGCUCAGGAGAAAGCUCCAAGGAGACAACAGUGAACAGCAGCAGCAGUACAUUGCCCGACUCCAGAGUAAACCUAGAAUUUUCCAAAUGGUCAAAUGACGGAAGUCCAUCCACCAGCAGUGGAGAGAAAGUAGACGGCAGUAUAGCUGGUCUCCCCAAAACCUGCAAAAACUCAGAGAUUGAGACGCUCUCAGAGGAUUCCACACUGACAACUCUGGAUACACUUAAAGCUCGGAUACGGGAUUUGGAGAAACAGUUGUCAAAAGGAGACAGAUUUAAAUGCCUCAUCUGCAUGGACACAUACACGACCCCUCUCACUUCCAUCCAGUGCUGGCAUGUUCACUGUGAGGAGUGUUGGCUUCGAACGCUGGGAGCAAAGAAGUUGUGUCCUCAGUGCAACACCAUCACCUCACCUGGAGACCUGAGGCGGGUCUUCCUGUGAUGCAGCCAAUCACAAAAUGAGGGGAGGGGCUUCUUCUCUUUAAACUAAUAAUGGUUGGACUUGUGGGCAGCUGGCCUGUCAUAGACUCCCACCCUCCUCCUCCUCUUCACACCUUCUUGGUCCUACCUGUUCGUCAGUGUCCUCCUAACCGUCCACUAAUCCACCCAGGCAAAUCAAAGAACAGCAAGUGUGACCUUUGACCUUCCUUUACAGCCCUGUAAAAUAUCCAUGUUCCUGCUGCAACACCUGCCAGAUCAGAAGAAGCAUCUAAAACCAACUGACAGCUCAGGCACUGAAAAUCAAAUACGAAACAAACACUUUGGGAUAAUAUUUAUCAAUUUUGUAAAUCUUUUUUUCUGUUUUAUGAGGAAAACAAAUUAGUUGAAUCACAUGCAAAGCACAUGUACAUAUUUUUGUGUAUGUUUGGAUUGGUGUGUGUAUAUGAUGUUGACUAGGCAAGGCAAGGCAAGACAAGACUAGCAGAACAACCCGACUGUAUUUACUGUACAGAGUUUGUCUUUGCUUAGAUCAUUUAUUAUUUGUUUAGCUCCUGUAGGUUGGAGACAUUUACAGUAAUCUUUUGACAUUCAUUCUCAUUUUGUCUUUGUCAUUGAUGUGUUUCUUUGUAUAGGGUCAUCACAUCCAGUUUUAUCAAUGUUACUACA